AUGGCUAGGAGCUGGCUUUUUGACAUUGGAGGAUUUGCAAAGAAAGUGAAAAAUACUUCUCUGUCAUCAGCUGAUCAAAUCAAGGACUUUGGAGCAUAUCGUGAAUGCCCAAAAUGUCAUUACCAUAUUGAUAACAGUGAUGUUUCUUCUGAGUGGCCUGGCUUUCCUGCUGGUGUAAAGUUUGACCCUUCUGAUGUUGAACUUUUGCAACAUUUAGCAGCAAAAUGUUGUAUUGGAAACAAAGAGCAGCACAUGUUUAUCCAUGAGUUCAUCCCAACUAUAGAAGGAGACCAGGGUAUUUGCUACACACAUCCAGAAAAUCUUCCAGGUGCUAAGAAAGAUGGGAGUAAUGUCCAUUUCUUUCACAGAACAGUUAAUGCAUAUGCUACUGGACAAAGAAAGCGUAGAAAGAUUCAUCAUCAACAUGGUUUGACUGAGGAGAAUGUGCGCUGGCACAAGACUGGUAAAACCAAACCUGUAAUAGAAGAUGGAGUACAUAAGGGCUUUAAAAAGAUCAUGGUACUUUAUAUAAGAUCUAAGAAAGGGUCCAAGCCAUAUAAAUCCAAUUGGGUGUUACAUCAGUACCAUCUAGGGAGUGAAGAAGAUGAGAAGGAUGGUGGAUAUGUGGUUUCAAAAAUCUUUUAUCAACAGAAUAAGCAGACUGAGACAAAUGAAGAGAGUUCAGUGGUUGAAGAUUCUGACAUGGCACCGCGAACAAGUCCAAGAACCCCAAAACCAAAUCCUCCCAGUCGACCUUGUUCAGGCAAAUGUGUUGAUUGUGAUGACAAUUUUGAUGAAAAUGAACUUCUGUCAUUCAUCCAGGAUGCCAAGUCUAUACCUGGAAUAUCACAUGCCCCACCAUCUGUUAUUCAAAAUGAGGACAAUACUGGUGAACCUGCAUGGUUAGCUGGUGAAUCACAGGCUGUUGUUGAAAACUGUGACUUUGAUGGCUUGGAAGACAUCUUAUUAUGCAAGGAGAUGUUAGAUUCUUCUACCCUCUUAAAUGAUUCUGGAUUGAACUCUACCACUUUCAACAGCUUUGCUUCCGGUGCAAAUAAUUUGGCUGGAAAUGAUGAUGUAUCUUAUGGAAUUUCUGUCCUUGACACCCUGGAAUUGGAUACUCCUCCAGAUUUUGAUCUUUCUAAUUUGCAAUUUUGUUCUCAAGACAGUAUCCUUCAGUGGAUGGACAAGUUAUAA